GAGAAAGAGAGGCACCUGUGUGAUCUGAGAGCAGCGUCUACUUGGCCUGGUGCGCAGGUGCUGGCCAAGUUCAUCAAAGCGCGCAUCGCGCCCAUCUUCCCAGAACCUCCAUCUCCCACGAUUCGCGCGCGUCGACCGCCUCUCUUGUCCGAUAGUCCAUCCUUUCGAUCUCAAGCUUCUGUUCGUCUCGAUUUAUAGACACAAAUUAUGUUUGCUUAAUGCAAUCACCUGAAGCGGUGCGCGAUCAAAACUAGCACAAACUCCCAGCUCCUCGUUUGCGUUCAGCAGCGAUCUUUCCGCACGUUGUUCUUGUCUUUCUGUUACAACUACGGAUAAAGUAUUCGCAAUCGUCGAAGAAGUUUACUCGCGACUUGCAGAGCAAUUAUUCUGUUGCAAUAUGGCUGGUACGGAGGUGCAAAAGGCCGGUGGUCCCCCCAAAGAUCAGUCCGAAACGUUGGCAACAAUUACCCGAGACAUACUCGACGAGACCUUCUACAAUAUCAUUCACGAUAUCGUCGCGAAAGUCCACCGUGAGGAGAAGGUAGCCCGAGCCACGUCAGCUGUAAUCGGAGUAAGACAGCUCGCUGAGAAGGAGUCUGCUCCUCCCUCAGACGAUGGAGCGGAAAACCAACAAACCGCGGCAGCGGUCAACGGCUCCUUGAACUCCAUCAAGGUAGAGACGGACGCAGCCGUGUAUGAUGGAGGCAGAGUAUACUUGAAGGGCAACCCUCUGGUCACCACGAAAGAAAUUCUUUGCCCAAACUGUCAUCUGCCCCGACUGCUAUAUCCGCUAUUUGGAGAAGGCGCGCGUCCGCCACCAGAUCCAAAUAAAGAGUACUGCAGGAAACACCCGCCAAUACGUAUGCCUGGUCGUGAUGUUCACGGAAAUCCAUUUGCCAUCGAAAAAGCCACCAACAAGAAGAAGAAGACCCAAGGUCCGGACGGCAGCACCCCGACGUCUAGUCCCCCAUCAAACGUCGAAUCAGCUCCAGCUCCGAGUUCCCUCAAACAGCUGCCCGAUAAGAUGUUCAUGCCGACAACGAAGUGUCCAAACUGCCCACGAUACUUCCUCGUGACAAAAAGUGCCCAGCAUUUGGACAGAUGUUUAGGAAUAACGACGAGACAAUCCAGCCGUAAUCGAACCCCUUUCGACAGCGGCAUCAGUACUCCGGCGGCCUCAGCACCAACAGCUCGCAAACGGGCUCGUCCCGACGAAGAAGAGCUAGCACCUGCCAAAAAGCGGAAGGACAUCUCAAUGCAGGUCAAGUUCAAAACCGGGAAGCCUGCGGUUCCUAGCAAAUUGAAAAACGGAACAACACUUGAUAUGGUGUCUCCGGGAUCACCGCCUGCUGCCAAUCUCUCCAAACCCAUCGCCAAGACGAAGCUUAACAAACCCAGCAAGGAUCGGGAUCCAAAAUAAAUUGAAGAAGUGAUCUUUUUACAUUGCGACCUUUGUUUGGUAAUGUUGAUAUGCAGCGGUUCUGUCAUUUGGCCGCAGUCUAUUGUCGUUGCUGGCCAAGGACUUUCCAUACACCUAACUGCGACAUGUCUCAUACAUAAACUUCAUUUCUCUGGUGGAUCAUGUUGGCAUUGGAUUGGAGUUAUGGGGUGUAGGAGAUUGUUUGUCUCUCUCUCUCAAUGAUGGUACAACUUUCUAUUACUUGGAAAUGGGCAUUUCAGGUGUUUGAAAAACGCGUGGGUAAGAACCGACUUCAUGGACUUGUGAUUUUCAUGUCUUUGUUUCCGAUUUCACUGCAUGCGAGGAAGGUUUUCGCUUUGCUAGUGACAUAUGAGAACUGGCGCUUUGGUGUUAUGGACC